UUCUCUGUGUAUGACGAUAAAAUGAUGUACAUGCAGUUUAUAGGACGCUAACAAGUGUAGUUUUUCAGUUAAUGUUCCGUUGUCUCGAAUGACAUUGGUAUGAUAUAUCCCUAUAAAUGGUGGUGUUAUUGUGAUAUCAUAGCGCCGUGUUUAAAAUGAAUGCUGUUAUGUUGAUAAGGAAAUGUAGUUCGUGAUAAUACGGAGCUUUACAAAGUUAUGUUAGAGUAAACAUUGACUGACCAUGAAUUUCUCGAGAAGAAUUCGGCUGCAUGGAAGUACAGUUAUCGUAAAAUAAUUUCUUACGAACCCGACACGAAGUUGAUGGGGAUUGGCAGGAAGCGAGUUGCCACUGUUAGUGUAAGCGUCUACGAAAUAGAGUAGACCUAAUUUGAAUUCGUCCAGCUUCACGUGAUAGGGUUCCAAUUAAAUCUAUACACGCCGCACGGAGUUUCAGUGAAUUGUGUUGUAUAUUUGCCUACAUUUAAAGUUGGUGGUGUUUUGGAAUAGUGAUCACUUUCGAUGAAAUGAAAUUGGUGAUGACGCCCAUUAUGGUUUCACCGAAGUGGCGCGUGUUCAGAAUCAGCGUGACACAGACCUGGCGUUGCCGUCAGUGAUAUAACAGAGUUCGCCGAUCCCCUCCCUCCACCAUAAGGUGUGAUAAUGGAUCAUCGUAGUCUGAAUUGUAUCGGGCGGGUUUCCAGCCAGCAGCACAGCAACGGAGUGGAUGCCACUGACACCAGCAGUAGCAAGCGACGUCCUCACAGCUGGCACAGUUCCACCCAGACGCUGAGUCGCGUCGGAGCCCGGAGGAUGGACGGUCUGCGAGCAUUGGACGUGAUGGCGCUGCUCCAGGAGCGCAUUGCUGUUCUAACCGGCGGUAGGGACCGGCGUGGCGGUCCGGUGCUCUCAUUCCCCGCCACCCCGCGUCGCGAGCGAGCCAAACCCGACGACUACCGCCGUCUGCUGCAGUACCUGCUUGCCAUACCCUGUGACGAAGUCCGAGAGCACGGCUUCACGGUGGUCGUCGACAUGAGAGGCUCCACCUGGAGCACCGUGAAGCCUAUCCUGAAGGUACUGCAGGAGCAUUUUCCUGGCUCCGUCCACAUCGCCUAUAUCAUCAAGCCAGACAACUUCUGGCAAAAACAGCGAACUUCCCUGGGCAGUCACAAGUACAAGUUCGAGACAAAUAUGAUAAGUUUGGAAGCCCUGCCAAAGAUAAUUGACACCACUCAGCUGACAUCAGACUUGGAAGGCACUCUUCAUUAUGAUCAUUCUCAGUGGAUUGAUAUAAGACUGGCUCUGGAGGACUUCAUGUGGCAAGCCGCCGAUCUGCUUGACCGCUUGGAUGACCUCCAGGAGGAUCUGAGUAGGAAUGACUUUGCAGAUGAUGUCGCAGGUGCCAAGCAUGGUAUUGAUCUGCAUUGUGAAAUGAAGAAGAAGAUUAUGAAGGCUCCAGUAGAGGAUAUUGACCAUAUUGGUCAGCGAUUACUGCAGAGAUUAUCAGGUGACUCAAACAGCGGCUAUGACUCAGGGUACUCGGGACGGGACAGUGAGGCUAGUUCGGUAGUGGCCAACCCGGACCUGCAGGCAUCAGUACCACAGAUACUGCAGAACUUAGAAGCCAUCCGUACAUCCCAGCAACACCUUUUACAGUUGUGGCAUCACAAAAAGCUUAAACUAGACCAGUGCUUCCAACUGCGGCUGUUUGAACAGGACUGUGAGAAGAUGUUUGACUGGAUUUGUCAUAAUCGUGAUGUGUUCCUGAUGAAUUAUGUGGAGAUAGGGCAUUCCUAUCAGGUAGCGAAAGAACUUCAGGAAGAACACAACCAUUUCACAAUGAGUUCUAGAAAUGUUUACGUUAAUAUCAACCGUAUCUUGACAGUAGCGUCUCGACUGAUCGAGAGCAAUCAUUAUGCUGCCCAGCACAUCCGAACGGUAGCUGCACGGCUUGACAGGACAUGGAAAGAGUUUGCUGCUGGUCUAGAUGAACGUACCUCUGUGUUGGCUCUCUCUGUCCUUUUUCAUCACAAAGCAGAACAAUAUGUAGAAAAUGUAUCCAACUGGAACCUGGCUUGUGAAAAUAUGAGUAUUCCUAGUGAAAUAAUGAUAUUAGAGACUGCAAUUCAUCAGCAUCAGAAUUUGUACGAGUCUAUGUGUCAAGCAUAUACUGAAGUGUAUAAUUCGUACCAGGCUCUGCUCAAUGGCCUUGAUAUCAUGGUCCAAGUGUGCCACUGUUUCCCAGUGAUGGGAACUGCCAGGGAUUGUAUUUUCAGCAAUGAUGUUCAUAGUACUAGCAAAAAACUGCUCUAUCAACUUGAUCAUCUGGUUCAGAUCUGUAAUCAGCCCGGGAUGGAACAUACUGCUCGGAAACACAACUCGAGAAGAAAGCCAAAGGGUCACACAUCAGUCACGGUAGACGGACAGCUUGUGUACGAAGCGACAGGCCGUCAAACGGGCAAUCCUGCCGCAGACUACUCUGAGGGAGCCAGCCAUGUUCUGGCGGUGAUACAUCAGAUUCUGAACCACCAUCGAACCCUUGAACAGAAGUGGCAUGGCAAGAAAAUCAAGCUUCAUCAGCGACUGGCACUCCGUCUGUUCCAGGAGGAUGUGAAGCAGGUACUGGAUUGGCUAGCAAACCACGGCGAAGUUUUCUUGAGGAAGAACGUCGGAAUCGGGAGAAAUCUACAGAAAGCACGAGUGUACCAAAAGAGCCACGAACACUUUGAGAAUGUCGCCCAGAACACUUACACCAACGCGGAGAAGCUCCUGACGGCAGCAGAGGAAUUAGCACAGACGGGCGAGUGCAACGCCGAUGAAAUAUACUCCGUGGCUCACGAGUUGGAAAGUCACGUGACAAGCUUUGCUGCCCGCGUCGAGCAGAGACGCCAGCGUCUUGACCUCGCUGUGCUCUUCUACAGUCACGACAAGGAGCUUGCCGGCUGGGUAGACGAACUGCGCCAGGAACUGCAGAACGAUGAAGCAGCGGAUACCCUCGAGGCAGCUGAGAGGCUACUAGAGCAGUGUGGCCAACAGCGCGACUCCUCGUUGGACGCUUGUGUCAGCACCAUCGCGCGGGGCGAGACACUGCUGCAGGAGCUACGGAGCGCUGGAGUUUCUGCUGAGAUGGACUCUACAGGGUCAGUAGCUGCUGUGGAGGCUGCACUAGACAGGCUCAACAAGCAGCGUGAAGAGCUUCAGGAACUCUGGGCUACCCGGAAACUGAAACUGGACUUAUGCUUGAGGUUACGGCUGUUUGAGCGAGAUGCCCUGGAAGUGUCAUCGCAGCUGGAGCUCUGGUCCGAGGAGCUGCAGCAUACUGAACUGAGUCGUGACACUCAGAAGGCGGAGCAGUUGUUGAGGCUUCACAACGAGAGUGUCUCUCACAUGCAGAAUACCACAUUCCAAGUUUUGCAGUUGGGUCAAGAGCUUGCUCAGGCAUUUGAGACGUCAGGAAUGUCUCUGAUGGCAGAUAGCCAGUACUCUGCACAGACACGUGUUCAGGUGUUGCUGGAAUUCCUGCACGAGCGAGAAAUGGACUUGGAGGACCUGGCCGAAAUGAAACGCGUCAAGUUGGAGCAGUGCGUCCAACUUUGCCAAUUUCAAAAUGACGCAAACCAGGUUAUCAGUUGGAUCCGUAAUGGCGAAGCAAUGCUUAUGGCGAGCUUUGCGAUCCCAAAUUGUCUGCAGGAUGCGGAGCAGCUUAAGAAGGAGCAUGAACAGUUCCAGGUUGCUAUUGAGAAAACACAUACAUCAGCAGUACAGGUGAAGCACAGGGCAGAAGCAUUGAUCAGCGCAAACCAUUAUGAUCCUCAAAGUGUCCGUGAAAUUGCCGAGGAGGUUACAAAGAGGUGGCAACAGCUUGUAACAUGUGCUGAGGAGAGGCAUAAAUUGGUCACUGCGAGCAUAAACUUUUAUAAGACGGCUGAACAGGUAUGUUCAGUGUUGGAUAGUCUUGAGCGAGAAUAUAAACGUGAUGAAGACUGGUGUGGUGGUGGGACUCCUGCUGAGAAAAUGGGGGCUCUGGGAAGCAAUGCCUCGUCUAGUGGAACAGAUAAAGCAACGGCGGUGUCCCAACUUAUCAACAAACACCAGGAACAGAAAGAGGCAUUUCUAAAAGCCUGCACACUGGCACGCCGCACAGCUGAAACCUUUCUCAAGUACACAGGACGCAGUCUUCAAUACUACAAUUAUCAAGGGGAAACUAGUACGCGGAACUCUGAAAACAGAGUCAAAAAUAUCCUUGAGAAGUUGUUGUGCCAGGAAAACAGAGUGCUGGAGCACUGGACACAACGCAAGAAGAGGCUCGAUCAGUGCCAGCAGUACAUUCUGUUUGAGCGUUCGGCCAAGCAGGCAAUCGAGUGGAUCCAUGACACGGGCGAGAUCUAUCUGUCUACUCACACCAACGUGGGUCAGAGCAAGGAGGAGACGGAAACUCUUCUGUUUGAACAUAACGUGUUCAAGGGCACGGCAAAGGAAACUAGAGAGCGCGUGAAGCUCCUUAUUCAACUAGCAGACAGUCUUGUUGAGAAAGGGCAUGCGCAUGCUGGUACCAUCAAACAGUGGGUGGCCGCCGUGGACAACCGAUACAAAGACUUCAGCUCUCGAAUGGACAAGUACCGCUCACAGCUUGAAGGAUCAUUAGGAAUUCAAGCCGAGGGCGAGAGCAGGCAGGAUCUCUCGAUUGAUCGAAAUUCAGAUCCGUUAUUGGAAACUAAGUUGAAAGAUGCUGCAAACAAGGAACUGAAAGAGUUGAAUGAAGAGAAGAGGAAAUCAGCACGUAGAAAAGAGUUUAUUAUGGCAGAGCUCUUACAGACAGAACGAACAUACGUGAAGGAUCUGGAAACGUGCAUAAAAUUCUUCUUGGAUGAAAUGCGUUCAGGUAGCGCAAAUGUACCAGCACCGUUGCAGGGAAAGGAGGAUGUCAUAUUUGGCAACAUGGAGGAGAUAUAUGAUUUUCACAACGACGUUUUCCUCCGGGAAUUGGAGAAAUAUGAGACUAUGCCGGAGGACGUUGGUCAUUGUUUUGUUACUUGGGCGCAGAAGUUUGACAUGUACGUAAAAUACUGUAAGAACAAGCCUGAAUCAAACUCUUUGCUGGUGCAACAUGGAGGCUCUUUUUUUGAGGAGCUUCAGAAGAAGCACAAGGUAGAGCACCCGAUUGCAGCGUAUCUUAUAAAGCCUGUUCAGCGCAUCACCAAGUAUCAACUGCUGCUUAAGGAUCUUCAGUCCUGCUGUGAAGAGGGACAGGGUGAAAUAAAAGAUGGCCUGGAAGUAAUGCUAAAUGUACCGAAGAAAGCAAAUGACGCGAUGCAUCUUUCACUGCUGGAUGGCUGUGACGUGACUCUCGACAAACUGGGGGAAGUUAUCCUGCAAGAUACUUUCCACGUGUGGGAUCCGAAACAGAUAAUUCGGAAGGGUCGCGAGCGACAUAUCUUCCUCUUUGAACUUUAUCUUCUGUUCAGUAAAGAGGUCAAGGAUUCAAGUGGCAAAGCCAAGUAUCUUUACAAGAACAAACUUAUGACAUCUGAGCUGGGCGUUACUGAACACAUUGAGGGUGAUGAAUGUAAGUUUGCCGUUUGGACUGGGAGAGCCCCCAUUUCCGAUUACAGAAUUGUGCUGAAGGCAUCGUCUCUUGACGGAAAGCAGACGUGGGUGAAGAAGCUGCGUGAAGUUAUCCAAGAGACGUACUUCAGUACAGCACUGCCGCUCAGUAUGCCAAAGAGUCCGGCUAAACUGAAGGCUGGCAGUCAGCGCUCCAGCAGGUAGGCCUCCUUAAGUAGGAAUUA